AUGACGAACCCUGUUACGGCGACUUAUGCAGACCUCGAUAUUGAAUUUGUUGGUGGUGCGCCGCCCUCGCGUGAGGGCGGCAAUCGCAUUGUGCUGGAGCUGUUCCAGGACAAGGUACCCAAAACGGCGGAGAACUUCCGUGCUCUGUGUACGGGCGAGAAGGGUACCGGCAAGGCGGGAGUGCCGCUGUCGUUCAAAAACAGCCUGUUCCAUCGUGUGAUUCCCCAUUUUAUGAUCCAGGGAGGUGACUUUACGAACUUCAACGGCACGGGCGGCGAGUCGAUCUACGGCGAGAAGUUUGAAGACGAGAACCUGGAGGGCAAGCACGACGAGCCGUUCCUGCUGUCAAUGGCGAACGCGGGUCCUAACACGAAUGGCUCGCAGUUCUUUAUCACGACGGUGCCGACGCCGCACCUGGACGGCAAGCACGUCGUCUUUGGCAAGGUGCUCAAGGGUCGCGACGUAGUGCGCCACAUUGAGCAGAGUCCCACCGGCGCGAACGACCGCCCGCAGGAGGACAUCAAGAUCGCUGACUGCGGCGAGUUUUCGGCGGAGCAGCUCGCUGACAGCGCGUUCGACUUUGGUAUUAAGCCUGACGAGACGGGCGACCCGUACGAGCCGUAUCCCGAGGACUCGGACCUGCCGCUGGAAGAAAAGCCCGAGUCGGCGCUCGAGGUCGCCAAGACGCUCAAGGAGAUUAGCGCCAAGCUUGUGGCGAAGGGACAGUGGGGCCUCGCCCGCGAGAAGUACGAAAAGGCGCUGCGCUACCUGUUCGUGAACCCCCACCUGCCCGAGUCGACGAACGAGGCGUUGGUAGCCGAAUACCGCGGUCUGCGCACGCCGCUGCAGCUGAACGCUGCGCUCUGUGCGCUCAAGACGCAGCCGGCGAUGGCCGAGGAGGCUGAGGCGCUCACGACGCAAGUUAUUGAGCGCGCGGCGGAGGGCGGUCCAGGCGCGCCGUCGGCGGCGGAGCUCGCCAAGGCCCACUUCCGCCGGGCGCUUGCCUACAGUGUGAUGAAGCGCGACGACGAUGCGAAGGCGGAGCUCGACACCGCGCUGCAUUAUGCGCCGGGCGAUGCAGGCAUUACCCAGGAGAAGGCCGCCGUCGAGCGGCGGCGCCAGGCGCGGAUCGCCAAGCAGCGUGCGGCAUACAGCAAGAUGUUUUCGUAG